UUAUAACAGUACCUGUCACGUAGAUGACCUUUGAAGAAUGAGGAGAGGAAGCUAGCCAAGCGGCGAGUGUUACUAUGUGCGCAUUGUUGGUGAGUGAAAAUUAGUAGCGGAUUGAUAUCAUAAUGAUUGUGUGAAAUUUUAUUAGCAGCGGUCACAAUUCAGCAGCGGCGCACCGCCGCUCCUGACAUUACACAUAAGCCGCAUUUCCAUCAACAUCUCUUUAUGUGCGAGUAGUAGAAGUAGUAGUAUUGCAUUACAAAAUUCUGAAAAAUUUUGUUAUGCUUGCUUGUGGGUUUUUUGCAUUAUUCAAAAAGAGUUAAUGCCUUUAAUGGGAUAUGGAAACACCUUUGCCGUUUUAACUCACAGUGACUGAUCAGCUGUUUCCACUCUGAGAGAAGCAGAAGGGUUAGGGCUUGCUCGUAGAUGGCCAAAGCAACUGAUUUUGCUUCUGGUCUGUGACCUCUACUUUUCUACUCAGUUUAUUACAGUCAUGCGUAACAUACCGCCAACUUCUGACUAAACUACACUGUAGCCAAAUGUAUUUGCAAACCAGUUGAUGGAAAUGUACCUGAUUCAUAGCUUUUCUUUUAUUCCUGUUUUUGUAACAUUAAAAAAAUUUGCUUUAAAUUUGCUUGGAAAUUUGAUGGAAACACUGCUAUAGUUAUCUUUAACUGUUGUUAACAUAAAGGGUAUAUAAGAAUGCAUGCACAUGGGAGAGAGAGAGAGGGGAGUUGCUGCUGUCAGCACACACACACACACACACACACACACACACACCACUCAGCGCUUGCUUGCCUCAUCAGCAGCAGAGUGGGCCGACUCGCUGCUGCAAUUCUGUCUCCAUUCCUUCCCCUCUACGCAGCUCUCCUCCCAACCCAGACCUCAAGCUGCAUCGGGCGAGCAGGAAGGAGGCCAGCGCUAGCAGGCAGCAUGUUUAGUGCCACGCAAGAAACAAGAGCUUGAGACCACUACCUUCCAACAGCAGAGAACCAAUAAAGCACAGAGAAAAACUAAACAGCUGGAACUGCAGAAGGAGACAAUGACGACAGGAGAAAAAGAGAUGACAGACCAACAUUACAAAGGAUGAGAGCCCUGACCAUGCCAUCCUGCUCUGCCCCUCUGCUCUGUCUGCUCCUCCUGCUGUUGUGUGGGCUGCUGGGAGGGCAGGUGCUGUCCAUCUGCCCCCCUGUGUGCUCCUGCAGCCGGGGACACCGUGUGGUGGACUGCUCUUCACGAGGCCUAACCAAGCUACCACCUGGCCUACAGCACAACAUUCGCUUUCUCAACCUUUCUUUUAAUAGCUUGCAGGGUUUGGACAGCCAGCUCAGCCACUAUGCCCACCUGCGAACACUGGACCUGUCCUACAACCGCUUGGAGAGCCUGCCCCCCGCCUUGCCGCGAUCUCUGUGGGACAUCCGAGCGGCGGGGAACCACCUACGCUCACUGGACAAAAACGACACAGCUUACCACUGGAACCUGAAAGUACUUGACCUGUCGGACAAUGAGCUAGAGAGAGUGGUCUUCAUCAACAACACGCUGCCAGGUCUCCAAGCUCUCAACCUCAGUCAUAAUAGGUUUUGGACUGUGCCCACGAAUAUGCCGCACAACUUGGAGAUCAUUGAUUUGUCACAUAACUAUCUGGUGCAGAUCCUGCCUGGAUCAUUGAAUCGGCUGCCAAGACUGGCUCAAAUCUAUCUGCAUGCUAAUCGCUUCUCCUGGUUGUCUGAAGGGAUCUUUGAUAAGCUGACUGGGCUGGAGGUGAUGACUCUUGGGGAUAACCCCUGGGCUUGUGAAGAGGAAGAAAACAUAAUGAGACUCUUGAGAUGGGCUGAACAGACCCGUGCAACUGUCUUAGGCUGCCCUUGUUAUACAAGACCCAUCUGUGGGCAAACCCACUUGGCAACACCAGGUAGGGAGUGGCACUCUGCACUGUUCACAGAGCCACCGCUCUGGGUUAAUAGCAGAGGGGUGGGGCAUGAUGGUCAAUCACCUGCAAGGACUGCAGAGGCCACGUCUAGUUACCAAGUAAAAUCUGCACUUUUCGGGACAGGAAUAUAUCAGGAAAAAAGAGUAGGUAAUGAAUCCGCGGACCACAUGUUGUUUGUCUGGACAUCUUCUACAAGUUUUGACGACUUCUCUACACAAACAAGCACAACAGCAAGCCCACAAUUAGCUAACUCACGGAAUAAAUGUCACGGACUCCUCAACGAGACUGAACUCGCUGUCACCCUGACUAUUUUAGUCAUAGUUAUGACCACAGUUUUCAACACCUUCUGAACAACCUUGACUGGAUACAGAAUACACUAGUUACCUGAUUAUUUUGGACAGUGAAUGUAUGCCUUCUGACACAUUUAUCAUCAUCUUUUUAUCUAGCUCAACAUGUACAACAUAACAAUGUCCCUGAAAGCCCUGUACACAAAGAUAAACUGUAUAAAACUAACUAAACUCAAAAUAUCUAUAUGGUUCAACUGGAGUGCUAAAGUCAAUGCUCAAUUCUAAGUAGAAUACUUGCACACUGGCCGACUGCUAUGCUCAAUGCUUUUUUCAGUAGUGAUGCUUGCGCUACAUUUGCUCCUGUUCAGCCAUUCAAAACAGGACUGACAAUAUACAUUACAUGACAUUCCAUAGCAGCUUUGCAUACCUGGCUUACUGUCAGUGAGUAGUAAAAGAUACCAAUAAAGGUCUAGUUAAAUGAAAGCAUUAAAAGGAAUAGUUAUAGGUGUUCCUGUCUGCAGUGAAAAUGUAAUAAAGAACAGAAAUUUGCUGAAUUAUAACAUUACAAUGCAAUGAACCCCCAUGAUGUAAUACAGUAAGCAAAACAUUUACUCCAAUGAGUAAACCCAAAGCACAAGAAAUUAAUAAUGAUGUUAAAAAGACCAGUCCAUCAAAAUUUCAGCAGAAGUCAACAACUGUUUUGUAUUUCUGUCAGACACUCCAGAAAAAGUUAAUUAGAUCAAAGGAUUUCAUUGUUUUGUCAUUUAUAGUAAGCUUCGAUUGUGUUUCUUCAUCAUAAUGUUGGUGCUGCUUUUUUUUAUACUGAACAAGCAGUUCAAAGGUCUAUUUUCUUCAAAUCUGAAAAAAGCUGUUACGACCAUCACAGUGCCCCUGCUGGCCAUUAGAAAGAAUGCAGGUUUAAGGCACUUCCUCAUGGACUUCAUUCGUCAGACCCAGAGGAUACAGCUUGGUUCUAACCAUGCUGUACAAUUCUAGAUAGACUGCUGACUUUGCUGAGACUAAGUUCAACUUUAAUGCAAAAAACCCCCCAACACAAUAAAAACAUAGAUUGCCACUUGGUCAUUUAUGCACUGACUGAUCAGCCUUUCACAAAACUUAAUAAAGAUAACCAGAAUACAAAUUUAAAUUAUUUCCUUUUUGAACAUACACUUCCAAACAAACAAAGUUCCAAAAUAGAGAAUUCCUGGUACAGGUACAAAUGUAUAACAUGUAGUACUAAAUACCAUAUUAAUCAGCCAAACUGCAAGGCUAUUACAAGAGUUCUUCCUCUGAGGGCUUAUUAUCUCCCUCCUGGGCAUAUCUGUCUGGGUGCAGAUGGAUCAGAAUGUCAAGUCAAGUCAGUUUUAUUUAUAUAGCCCAAGAUCACAAAUCACAGUUUGUUCCAAGGGGUGCUGAAUGUAUGUCUAGUGUGUACCCAAACAGAAAAUAUAAUGCAAGAAGUAACAUUAGCAGUAAUGAACAGAAGACUAAUACUGUAACAGUAUGAACAGUUUUUGGUUCAAUAUUUUUAAGUUAGUCAACCGCACACAGGACUCAAGCAUAAGCGUAGUACAUCACUACAUUCAUAUCUUGAGCCAUCAAAAGCAAAACUUAUAGUAUAGACCAACAACCAAUAAAACAGAUCUCUCAAUUCAAUUAUGUUUAUUAAUAGUGAGUGCUGACAAAAAAAAACUGAAAACCAGGCCGCAUUUCCCACUCCAAUAAAUCCCUAAACCACAAUAUAGUUCACUUCCAGUUAAACAAUCAGUUCAAUUCAGUGCAAAAAAGAAGAAAGAAAAAAAAAAGGAUACCAAAAUAUAAUCAUAGAUUUUUCAGAAAUUACUUGUGAAUCACAAGUCCAAUCCAGUCCAGUCUGAGCUUUUUGUCAAGUCAGUCAGGGUUUAUGUAUAGCUGCUGUGCAAGCAACUCCACAGAAGGUCUGAAGAACUCCUGAAACAGAGGAUUCAGCAAGAGCAACACAGACUAUGAACAAGAAAACAAGCCAACUUUCUGCUCAGACCGGACAGACUCACCACUUCCUUGUAGCACUGCACCAUUUUGGAUUUCAGUAUUGUUGCCAUUUAAAAAGAAUGUGAAUGAAUGCAUUGGUUUAUGAGUCGGGAGGGUGUCUGUGACAGGGACGGGAGUUCUACCACCUUUACUGUUGUUUUGCUUUUCUGUGUGGAUACUGUGUUGGACUGCUUCUCUCCCUCGCUCUCCUCCCCCAACGGUCAAGGCAGA